AUGAGUUGUAAUCCGUUGCCUGUGACUUUUGGCAUGGUGGGCACAAUGUCUUUUGCUCUUAGUCUGAGGGACGCGGCGCUGGUUAUUCUUUUCUUUACCCUCGUGUCGACGGUGCCGGUGGCGUACAUGUGUACGUGGGGGCCGAAGACGGGUAUGCGACAGCUGGUCCAGGCGAGGUUUUCCUUCGGGAAAUACUUUGUUUCUCUGUUGAUAUUGCUCAACCUUGCAACGCUGACGGGCUUCUGCGUAGUCGAUAGUGUCAUUGGCGGUAUGGCACUGUCGGCGGUGCAGGACGGAGCAACCAUCAACGCCACGGUGGGUAUCGUCAUCAUCGCUAUAUUGUCGCUGGUCAUCUCCUUCUGCGGCUUUGGUGUAUUGCAUCACUACGAGGCCUGGGCAUGGAUUCCAGCAUUGGCCGCACUCAUCAUUGCGGCAGGAUGCGGGGAUAGCAGUCUCAGCCAGCAAGUCCCAGCACCUGCUGCUACAGCGUCGCAGGUCCUCUCGUUUGGCGGUCUCGUGGCGAGCUUCAUGCUUCCAUGGGCUGCACUUGCGAGCGACUUCUCGACGUACAUGCAUCCAAAGGCCCCUCCCUUCCGGAUCGCGCUCUACACCUACACCGGUCUUGCGCUGCCUACGAUCCUGCUGAUGACGCUCGGUGCAGCGAUGGGAGGCGCGACGCCAAACAUUGCCUCAUGGCAGGCUGGGUACGACGUCAACGCAGCGAGCGGUGUCCUCGCAGCCAUGCUCCAGCCAGCUGGCGGGUUCGGUCGCUUCGUCACAGUCGUGCUUGCCUUUAGCAUGUUGGGUAACCUGUCGGCAACAAUGUACAGCGUAACACUAAACCUGCAGAUGCUCCUUCCCUGGCUCUUCCGCAUCCCGCGCAUCUUCUUCAGCAUCGUCAUUACUGGAAUCGUGAUUGGCGUUGCUGUCGAGGCAUCCAGUAGCUUCUUCCUCAACCUCGAGAACUUCAUCGGCGUCAUCGGGUACUGGAGUGCGGCCUUCAUUGGCAUCGCCAUCACCGAACACGUGCUGUUCCGGCGCAGCAGCUUCAUGGCUUAUACCGAGGAUGAAGAGGCGUGGGACGAGCCGAGCAAGCUGCCACCCGGUUUCGCGGCAAUUGGCGCGUUCCUGCUCUCCUUUGGCCUCAUCAUCCCAUGUAUGGGACAAAUUUGGUGGACAGGACCCAUCGCGGAGACUACGGGCGACAUCGGGUUGGAGGUAGCAGUUGUGCUGGCAGCGGUGCUCUAUGUACCGUUUCGGGUAGCAGAGAGGAGGAUAUACGAGAGAUCGGGGGAAGUUGUUGCCUCGGUUCUCCCGCGCGGCUACAUUCUACACUCGACCAUGUCUCAAACACAAGAAAAGGCGCAGGAGAAGCUCAUCGAGUCGACUUCCUCGGUGCCCCAGAGCACGGCGGCUCAGCAGAGCGACAAUGUUGCGCAUGCGCUGGCUGGCGCUGGUGGAGGACUGCUGUCCAUGGCCCUGACCUACCCGCUCAUCACCCUCUCUACCCGCGCCCAGGUCGAAUCCAAGCGGGCGCAAUCGUCGACGCUCAAUGCCGCGCGCCGCAUCAUCAAGCGCGAGGGUGUUGCCGGCCUCUACGCCGGUCUCGACUCUGCCCUCUUCGGCAUCAGCGUCACAAACUUCGUCUACUACUACUGGUACGAAUGGACCCGCUCCUUCUUCGAGAAGGCUGCGCUCAAAGCCGGUCGCGCCUCCUCCAAGCUCACCACGGUCGAGUCGAUGAUGGCAGGCGCCCUCGCCGGCAGCGCAACCGUCCUCAUGACCAACCCCAUCUGGGUCGUCAACACGCGCAUGACGACGCGCAAAUCCGAAGCCUCCGACGAGUCGCUCCCGGGCGCACCUACACCCGCACAGAAGGCGCCAUCGACGCUUGGCACGCUCUUCGCCCUCGUUCGUGAUGAGGGCCCCGCGCGCCUGUUCGCUGGCGUCAUGCCGGCGUUGGUCUUGGUCAUCAACCCCAUUCUGCAAUACACUGUGUUCGAGCAGCUGAAGCAGAUGCUGGAGAAGCGGAGGAGGGUCACGCCCAAGGAUGCCUUCUACCUUGGUGCGCUGGGCAAGCUGUUGGCUACCAGCAUCACCUACCCGUACAUCACUGUCAAGAGCAGGAUGCACGUUGCGGGCAGGGAUGGACCGAGGGAGGAUAUGUUGACCACCUUCAGGCGCAUCAUCAGGGAGGAGGGAUACACUGGCCUGUAUGGAGGUAUCGGACCCAAGGUCACCCAGAGUGUCAUCACCGCCGCCUUCCUCUUCGCAUUCAAGGACGCCCUUUACGCCUACACGAUCCAGGCACGCAAGAAGCUUGCCAUGCGCAAGGUCUAG